GGCCGCGCCGCCUGCAGCAGCAGCAGCAGCAGCAGCAGCUGCUCCUCCCCGGCGGCCGUCCCCCGCGGGUCCCUCCCUGGCUGCGGGAGAGACAGAGGUAGAGGGAGGACACAGCGCCGUGCCGCCCGCACCGGAGACCUUCGCCUCGCCCUGCAGGCUCCUCACCCUCUGGGAGAAACAUGGAUAAUCUCAGUGAUACCUUGAAGAAGUUGAAGUUAACAGCUGUUGACAGAACUGAGGAUAGUUUAGAAGGAUGUUUGGAUUGUCUACUUCAAGCGCUGGCUCAAAAUAAUAUGGAAACGAGUGAAAAAAUCCAAGGAAGUGGAAUACUUCAGCUGUUUGCAAGUCUGUUGAUUCCACAGUCUUCCUGCACAGCGAAAGUAGCUAACAUCAUAGCAGAAGUAGCCAAAAAUGAAUUUAUGCGUAUUCCAUGUGUGGAUGCUGGAUUGAUUUCACCACUGGUGCAGCUGCUAACUAGCAAAGACCAGGAAGUGCUACUUCAAACGGGCAGGGCUCUAGGAAACAUAUGUUACGAUAGCCAUGAGGGCAGAAGUGCAGUUGACCAAGCAGGUGGUGCACAGAUUGUAAUUGACCAUUUAAGGUCACUGUGCAGUAUAACAGAUCCCGCCAAUGAGAAGCUCUUGACUGUCUUUUGUGGCAUGCUGAUGAACUAUAGCAAUGAGAAUGAUUCCCUUCAAGCUCAGCUUAUCAAUAUGGGUGUUAUACCUACCUUAGUGAAAUUAUUGGGCAUCCAUUGCCAAAAUGCAGCUCUUACAGAAAUGUGUCUUGUUGCAUUUGGCAACUUAGCAGAACUUGAGUCAAGUAAAGAACAGUUUGCCAGUACAAACAUUGCUGAAGAGCUGGUAAGACUCUUCAAGAAACAAAUAGAACAUGAUAAAAGGGAAAUGAUUUUUGAAGUUCUUGCUCCAUUGGCAGAAAAUGAUGCUAUUAAGUUACAGCUGGUUGAAGCAGGCCUGGUAGAAUGUCUACUAGAGAUUGUUCAGCAGAAAGUGGAUAGUGACAAAGAGGAUGAUAUUGCUGAGCUCAAAACUGCUUCAGAUCUAAUGGUUUUACUACUUCUUGGAGAUGAAUCCAUGCAGAAAUUAUUUGAAGGAGGAAAAGGUAAUGUGUUUCAAAGGGUACUGUCCUGGAUUCCAUCAAAUAACCACCAGCUACAGCUUGCUGGAGCAUUGGCAAUUGCAAAUUUUGCCAGAAACGAUGGAAACUGUAUUCACAUGGUAGACAAUGGAAUUGUAGAAAAACUUAUGGAUUUACUCGACAGACAUGUUGAAGAUGGAAAUGUAACUGUACAGCAUGCAGCAUUAAGUGCCCUCAGAAAUCUGGCCAUUCCAGUUGUAAAUAAAGCAAAGAUGUUAUCAGCUGGAGUCACAGAGGCAGUUUUGAAAUUCCUUAAGUCUGAAAUGCCUCCGGUUCAGUUCAAACUUCUGGGAACAUUAAGAAUGUUAAUAGAUGCACAAGCAGAAGCUGCUGAACAACUGGGAAAGAAUGUUAAAUUAGUGGAGCGUUUGGUAGAAUGGUGUGAAGCCAAAGAUCAUGCUGGUGUGAUGGGGGAGUCCAACAGACUGCUGUCUGCCCUCAUACGACACAGUAAAUCAAAAGAUGUAAUUAAAACCAUUGUACAGAGUGGUGGCAUCAAGCAUCUAGUUACCAUGGCAACUAGUGAACAUGUAAUAAUGCAGAAUGAAGCCCUUGUUGCUCUGGCACUAAUAGCAGCUUUAGAGUUGGGCACUGCCGAGAAAGAUCUAGAAAGUGCUAAACUUGUACAGAUUUUACACAGACUGCUAGCAGAUGAAAGAAGUGCUCCUGAAAUCAAAUAUAAUUCCAUGGUCCUGAUUUGUGCUCUCAUGGGAUCUGAAUCUCUACACAAGGAAGUACAGGAUUUGGCCUUUCUUGAUGUUGUAUCCAAACUUUGCAGUCAUGAGAACAAAAGUGUUGCCCAACAGGCCUCUCUCACAGAGCAGAGACUUACUGUGGACAGCUGAGAACAGCCCCUCCCUGAUACAUGGCAUUAUCCCACCUCUGAUUUCCCCUUUGUCCUCCAUCCAGCUGCCUCUUCUGCUUCAUUUUCUUCCAUAUCACUUGUGCAUGCGUGUAAUGUUCCAGUACCAAUUGAAGAACUGCUGUAGGUACCUGCCCAAUAAGAUUUCUAAACCCAUAGUUAGUGUGAACAUGAAUUUGUCAAAAACAAGUCUCCACCCAUAACUGUUCUCUUGUAUUCCUGUUGCUUGAGCUACAUUAAGUAGAAUGUGCAUGUUGUAGUCCUAUGAUGAUGUAAACUUGGUACUACAUAAUGACUUGCUCCUCACAUUUGGUAAACUGCGUAAUUAAUAAUGUACUGGUAGAUUAGAAACAAACAAGAAUGCAGCAGGAUCUGUCUAGCUUAUUAAAGAUGGAACUGAAUAGUAAAAAUAGCUCCAUUUUUUGGUGCUUGGGAAGCACAGUGACCAAAAAACUGUAUGGCUGCUCAUUCAUUAGUCUUACCUACUAAUGUCAAACCCGUGGUACCUAGAGUUAAAUAAAAUCCAAUGCUCUCACUCUUUACCCUAUGGUUUCUCCUUCUUCCUAACUAUGUAGACUCCUGAAACUGCCAGAAACUUGGCAAGACUUCCCUGAGGCUUUUUAAUUUCAUAUUUAAUUGGUUGUCAUCAUUGAAACCUAACAUUGAAAUCAUUUGUACUUUUCAGCAUGAAACUAAGGGGUUGAAGAAUCUGUGUUACACUAAGUAACAUCUUUUUUGGCCUAUAUUUCAGAAUCUAUGUACAUUUUGACAUCAGCAUUGUCCAACACUUGUCUUUAAAAGUUCACCUGGCAUUUGUUUUCAACUGAGGAAAUUGAGUAUAGCUCAUUGGAGGGUGGGGUUCUUGGGUUUUUUGGCUAUUUUUCAUCAUUCAGCUUGAAAGCAAGAAGUUUCCUCUGUCAUAGUCCUUUUAAAUCUUAUAUUAGAACUAGCAGGACAUAGAAAAAAAGAUUAAGAAGUUUGUCUAUACUAAAGAAAGGAAGGUUAUAAAAGCCAUAGUAGCCAAUCCAGUUCAUUCUGCAGAUGGCCUCACACCAGUAGCUGUUUAGAGUUUCCCACCUCCACUUGCCACAGAGAACUGCAAUAGAUCUGAAAGCUACCAGAAAAAGGUGAUGACGCCAAGACUCCAGAGAUGAGAAGACCCUGUUGGCGAAAUAUAGUGUACUCUUCACUGCCACUACGACCACCAAAUGGGUUUUUAGAACUUUGAAACACAAUCUUUGUAAAUUAAUCAAAAGAUCCCUGUAACCUACGUAUCUUGUCCCCAUGCACAAGUUUGACAAAUACUGGCUGAAAGGUAUGAUGGGCUCCAAUAUGGAAGGACUGCAGGACAGUAGAAUGGGCUGCCCGGGGUGACAGGAGCUCUUUCCUCUUCAAUGGGAGAUGCUGCACAUAUCUGUGGGGUGACUGAAGUUGGACUUUUGACUCUGAAACAGCUAUAAUUCAAGAAAAUUAAAACCUCAGUGGAGGUAAAAAAAAAAAAAAAAAAACUUUGUUCCCUUUGAUGUCCAGGAAAGAGACUAUUAUUGUGAGUGCUUAUGCUACACUUACUGUAAGAAUGAUCUUGUUUAUUGUCUUCUUCUGGGCUGGAUAGUGGACUGUAUUUUAUUAUAGGUUUUGAAAAACAUCUGUAAUGUUGAAUAGGCUGUCCAUAUUAAUAACUAAAUAAAUAGUAUAUGAAACUGUAA